AUGGUGAGUGUGACGUCACAUGUGUUGUUGGCUGCUGUCAUGUCUGUGGGAGUCACGCACUUAGCACCUUCUGCAGUAGAGUGGAGAUCAUAUGUUCUUCCGGCAGAUGAAGAGAUUAGAGCAUCGUCAGUGGCGAGGCUGCUGGAGGCUGUGUUGGAUGCUGCCUCACACUCAAGCUACUCCAUUGUUUUCCUCACAGAUGGCACCACCUCAGCCUCCACACUCUUCACUAUAACAGAUCAUCAACGGAUUCCAGGUGGUGUUGGAGUGUUCGAGGCAGCAGUGGCAAGCCAGGACGCCAACACAACAGUGACUCAAUUGUCUUCGUUGAUUCCUCACGUUAAGAGACUGCGUCAGGUUACAUCACACACCACAUUUGUGGUGAUAAGUGACGAUGUGGCCUUCCUCGCCGCCUUCGUCGACUUCUCCCUCGAUGGUCGACUUCUGGUGUGGUCGACGAGGUUCCUUGUCGUUACAUCUCUGCCUCUCCUGCAGCUGCAGGUUCACAGCACCGUCUUCUCCAAGAUGAAUGCGAUGCUGCUUGUUAUAUCUGACGACUUAACAAGCUUCAGAUGCAACAUGUAUGUACAGCUUCCAUUCACUCCCCGGGGAACUAAACCUCUGUGGCUGGGUUUCUGGACACCACGUCGAGGCCUCGUUCUCACCACCCACCUUCCACUCUUCCCUGACAAGUUCUCCAAAUUCCUUCACAAGCCACACUUGCUGGCGGCGUCAGAGGGCAACCCAUUUCAUAGGAUGAUAGUGAGUGAUGCUGGGUCUCCCGGGGGACCCAGGUAUCACUUUAGCGGACCUAUGGCAGACCUCCUCGACUAUCUUGCUCAAGCUCUCAACUUUUCGUACUCCAAGGUGCGUCCUCCUGACGGAGUCUGGGGUGCUAAACUUGACAACGGGUCUUGGUCUGGCAUGGUAGGCAUGGUGAUCAGGGAGGAAGCAAGUAUUGGCGUUGGCCCUUUCAUUUUAAGCGGAGAACGAGCUAAGGUGGUGGACUUCACUGCCCCAAUAUUUUUAGACUAUUGGAAGAUCAUGGGUGCUCGGGGGGUUCCUGAGGUGGAUCCCUGGGGCUUCCUAUUUCCCCUGACACCUCUGGUGUGGGCGGCCACUCUGGCGGCGCUCCUGCUACUUGCUGCUGUGGUGUUCCUCGUGUUCUCAUGUUCCUCUCUCAGGAGGGACGACAGGAGGACGUGGUUGCAAGUCACCUUCGACUAUAUACGAAUAUUCCUGCAACAAGAUAUAACUGUGCCAGCAUACUGGUGGUGGGAGCGGGUUAUGUUGAUGGUAUGGAUGCUGAUGACGCUGGUAAUAACACGGAGCUACUCUGGAAACCUCAUGGCUCUCCUGGCUGUAAGACACAUCUCCCAGCCUUACCAAUCCCGACGACAAGUGCUGGACGACCCUUCUGUUACCAUGAUAUGGCUGAAAGGCUCCGGUCUAGAAAACUAUCUGCAGUCGGCGGAAUCAGGUAUAUACCGAGAGAUGGCCAACGUGGAGAAGAUGGGUCGCCUCAUGUGGAUAGCGCAAGCACAGUUUGUAGCAGCCAUUGAUACUUUAGUGAGACAGGGUGAUCAUAUCCUCAUCGAAGUAGACAAUGCCCAGAAGGCAUUUGUCGCUCAAGACUAUACUAGGACAGGUGAAUGCUCAUUUUAUUCAUCAAAAGAAGGGUUUAUGCCUUUGAUUUUUGGAAUGAUUGGCCCCAUGGACAACCCUAUCGUACCUGCUGUCAACAAAAGAAUAAUGACGAUGACAGAAGCUGGACUUUUCUUCCAGUGGAUGAAAACUGCCGACCCCAACCUAACUAUGUGUUUAUACGCACCUUCCAAGAUCACUGUCAAGACGCCACUUUCUUUGAAUGAUGUCUGGGGAAUGUUUGUCAUGGUGUUUGCUGGACUCACUCUGAGUGUAUCAGCACUCGGUCUUGAGAUUUUGACUUCAAGUAUUCAAGGCAAUUGA